CCCCAUCCCAUGGCAGAGAAGGAUGCAACGGCUCGCCUCAGGAGGGCCGUUCAAGAGAACAACCUCUUUCUCGUAAAGAGACUCAUACAACGUAUAGAUAUGCGAAAUCCUGACCCAGGCCCAAAGCGCUACACAUCACUUGCUUGGGCGGCCGUUCUCGGGAAUGAGGAGACGUUCGAAUAUUUACUCAACGCCGGACACGAUGACCAGGAGCUCAGCAGAGAUUCCGAGAAUAACACUAUCCUCAUCAUCCUCGCCGACCUCGCACCCUCCCCCACAAGCUCCUACGCAAAGACAGACCCCGACUUCAUGGAUGCCACACUGAGGAUGGCAAGACUGUACUAUGACCGAUACCCAUUCAUCCUCGACUGGUCUAAUUCCCAAGGGAGGACAGCUUUGCACACAGCGGCCUUGAAAGGAAACGAGGAACUUGUGCGGAUGUUAUGUGAUCUUGAAGCAGAUGUUGACCUGUCAGACAACCAGGGCAAUACCCCUUUACAUUAUGCGAGUUCAUGGGGCCAUAGUCUUAUCGUCCAACUCCUCAUUGAGCGUGGAUGCCAGUACGCGGCUCGGAAUAACGAAGGCUGCACUCCAUCCGAUUAUGCUUAUUCAUUCUACAUCCGCGAAACCUUGCAAGAGACUGCACGGGCACAAUACGAGCUCAACAAGAAGGCACGCCGAGUAUUUGCGCAGGCGGCUGCCAGAGGAACGGAAUGGAGUGGAUUCGAUACCCUCCCUCCUGCCAAGGCUGUCGACAUCAGAGGAGGUAGCGUCGCACGUAUGCGCAGCGGCUCGGGAGGCAGUCGAACGACAUCGACUGACGACAGUGGAGAUUUGGACAGCCUUCCGUCCGGGAAAUCCUAUAAUGGACAGAACUCAGGUUCCUUACAAUCACAGGCCUCUCAACCACUGUCGUCAUCCUCGUACCUAAUGCCUGCGUCAAAUCAGCCGAGUUCUUCCAGUGCCUUCUCGCUCGUCGGACUUCCUUCACAUUCGGCAUCGUCUCUCGGCAUUCCAACGAGUGCGGCAUCUGCACUCUCCCCCAUAGCGAACCGUAUGCGCGAGCAGGACGCCAGCGCGAUGGAGAAAUAUAUGAGACGAAAUCGGAGCGGGAGCGCGUCCACGGAGGUUAAGUCUCAGGGGUCGGGGUCUGGCUCUGCCGAUCCGUCAUCUGCAGGUCCGUCAGCCAACGGGGACGAUAUCUCAUCGCUACCACUCCCCGGUACCGUCACCCCACGACGUCGUUUACGACCUUCCAUGUCUGCAUCACAGCUCCGAAGUAGUCCUAAACCACCAUUCGCCGUGAACGGCUCGCAGGAGUCGCGAAAUCGGUCUGGGACGAACCCUCCGCUUCGCUCGAAACCGUCAUUUUCACCUCCUACCGAACGCACCCCUCUUCCUGCUUCACCAUCUCGUUCGACGACGCAGCCCCGUCCUUCUCUAUCGAAUUCAAGCAGACCUCAGGAUUUCACAGGUCCUCCAUCCGCCUACGCCCAAUUCCCUUUCCCAGAGGCUCGUCCCGAGUCGGACACGGCAUCGACCCCAAGCACAAGUAGCACGACGACUACACGUCGAUUACCCUUCAACCUCCUCUCCUCCAAGCAAUCCUCGCAGCAGUCGUCACCAUCUCAGGGCCAAUCGUCGUCGAGUGGAGAUUUGCCAAGUCCCGGUAUACAUCGUCGGGGAGGUUCGCUGCAGUCAUUGCGUUAAGAGUCAUAUCUUGGACUGUCGUCGUCGGCACAUAAUAUCGAUAGCAUGCAUGUAUACCGCUCUGUAUCAGUUUAGUCACAGUCGUCAGUCGUCGUACUCGGACUUGUUUGUGCUUCUUCGUCUUGUUGUUUGUCAUUGCACGUCGUUUAUUGUGUUCAGCACGUAUUUAUUCCCCAUCACCUGUCUCAUUCAUGGACGUAAGCCAGGCGAUGCAUAUAUAUAUGUACCAUCCCAUGGUCC